AUGGGAAGAAGGCCUGGAAGAUGUUACAGAUAUCUGUCGAAGAAGGCGUAUCCCAAGUCAAGGUUCAACAGAGGAGUUCCUGAUUCGAAGAUACAGAUUUUUGAUCUUGGAAGGCGUAAGGCAGGGGUUCUUGAGUUUCCAUUACUAGUCAAUUGCAUCUCCAAUGAAAGGGAGAACUUAUCUGCUGAGGCAUUGGAGGCAGCCCGUAUAUGUGCCAACAAGUACAUGGUGAAACAUGCUGGAAAGGACAAUUUCCAUCUAAGGGUGCGUGUGUAUCCAUUUCAUGUUCUUAGAAUCAACAAAAUGUUGAGUUGUGCAGGAGCCGAUAGACUUCAAACAGGAAUGAGAGGAUCUUUUGGGAAGCCUUAUGGAAGAGCAGCAAGGGUUGUGUUCAACCAGCCUAUUCUUAGCAUAAGAACAAAGGAAUCCUUCAAGGAUGUUGCUGUCGAGGCAUUGAGAAGAGCAAAGAAUAAAUUCCCUGGGCAUCAGGAGAUUCAAGUCAGCUCGAAAUUUGGGUUUACUAACAUGCUGAAUGAUGAGUUUAACAACCUAAGGGAGAACGGAAGAAUCAUUCUACGAGGUGGAUCCUUUUCUGUGAUCAGGGAGAAGGGGAGUAUUGACAACUUCAAGAGAAAUCUUGAACAAGCUGCCAAUAAUUAA